AUGCUUGUGGGUGAGAUAUUUGCAGAUAUGACAAAAAGGAAGGAAAAAUUCGAGAAGAAAACAGGUGUUAGCUUGGACAACUUUUACAGAUUGGCUGCUAGCGAAGUCGAGAAUGGGAAGAAAAGAAAAAGAAUGUCUGAGUCGAAUGGAAGCAACAAGGCCCUCGGGUGGCCAACACUGGCAUCGUGCUCUUCAGUAAUCCACUACAAUACCAGUACAUGA